AUGGCUUCGCCUGGAGGCGACGACUGCGGGGGCACCACGCCCGAGGCGGACCGGCCUCACCAGCGGCCCUUCCUCAUCGGGGUGAGCGGCGGCACCGCCAGCGGCAAGUCCACGGUGUGUGAGAAGAUCAUGGAGCUGCUGGGCCAGAACGAAGUGGACCACCGGCAGCGGAAGGUGGUCAUCCUGAGCCAAGACCGGUUCUACAAGGUGCUGACGGCGGAGCAGAAGGCCAAGGCCCUGAAGGGCCAGUACAACUUCGACCACCCAGAUGCUUUCGACAAUGACUUGAUGCACAGGACUCUGAAGCACAUUGUGGAGGGCAAGACUGUCGAGGUCCCAACCUAUGACUUUGUGACCCACUCCAGGUUACCGGAGACCACGGUGGUGUACCCGGCGGACGUGGUGCUGUUUGAGGGAAUCCUGGUCUUCUACAGCCAGGAGAUCCGGGACAUGUUCCACCUGCGCCUCUUCGUGGACACGGACUCCGACGUCAGGCUGUCGCGGAGAGUUCUCCGGGACGUGAACCGCGGGAGGGACCUGGAGCAGAUUCUGACCCAGUACACCACCUUCGUGAAGCCAGCCUUCGAGGAGUUCUGCCUGCCGACGAAGAAAUACGCGGAUGUGAUCAUCCCCCGAGGGGUUGACAAUAUGGUCGCCAUCAACCUGAUUGUGCAGCACAUCCAGGACAUCCUGAACGGGGACAUCUGCAAGUGGCACCGUGGAGGGGCCAACGGGCGCAGCUGCAAGAGGACGCUUCCUGAGCCCGGAGACCACCCUGGGGUGCUGGCCCCCGGCAAGCGGUCGCACCUGGAGUCCAGCAGCAGGCCACACUGA